ACUUCGCAAGUUUAUAUAAACGAUGUAGGAGAAGUGUCCAACAUUCGUUAAUCCUUGACUGAUAUAAAACAUGCUAGGCUGAGAGUAUUUACCUAAUCAACAAAUAGCAGCACUGCAAACCUGCAGGACAUAAUUUUAUACGAUCGGAUGGUUUUUCGACUAUGGUUACUUUAGAACACUCCAGUGGCUCCAAGGAUGAUACAGAGGCCAUCCUGCCUCAGGAACAAGAACCGGAGAAGAGAAGACUUCAGUCCCCCUCCCAACUAUAUGGAGCCAUCACCGGGAACAGUACAGGCAACCUAGGAGAUACCUGCCCGACUUGUUGGGGAGUAGGGCGUAUUCCAAGAGGACAUGAUCAGCUAGUGGCAGUCAUCCCAUGUUCAGACAUUAGACUGAGGCCCAGCCGGACGAAACUCUAUGUGUGUAUUUCGGUGGUGGUGUGUCUCCUGAUCUGCUGCCUGAUCCUCUUCUUCCUCUUCCCACGGAGUAUCUCACUGUCCCUUGUCACCGUCAAAUCAGUGAUGGUCUUCUUCACCCCACAAACAGUUGAAGUGCAAAUCACGAAUGUCUUUAACGUCACCAAUGAGAACUUUGCGGACAUUCAAUUCUUGAAAUUUGAUAUACAAGUGCUGAUUGCUGAAACAGUGGUUGGCAGGAUCAAGAUAUCUAAUAUGACGGCGGUCAAAUCACGUUCAGAGAAAGCGUAUACUGUUGUCAUACCCAUAACAAUUGAGGACCCAGGCCUGAAUAAUUACUGCAAGUCAAACACCAUAAGGAUUCACACCUUGUUCUUGCGUUUGCAAAUGACAAUGAACAUUUCCUACUUGGCUCACUCGGAGCAGCUGACCGAAGACACCUUUGAGUACAUUGACUGUGGAGCCAACACCACCAUCCCCCACCCUAUCGGGCAAAUUCUUUUUGAAAGAUGAAAGCCUGUCAAUGAGCGAUCCCCAAAGUGAAAAUGUUUAUUAUGAACAAAAUAGACUCUAAGGAAUAGGGGCCUCUUCCAUUCUAUCUUACGUCCAGAGGUCAUAAAAAAUAUAUUGAUACAUUCUUCAUUGUCAAAGAGAAAUGUAUACAUAUAGUAUCGUAGUAGACUAUAGUAUUGUCCUAUGCUCUGUUCACAUUAUUUUCUUUGCAAUAUUCUUCUAAGGUAGUUUUUUGAAUGAUUUAUGACCUGUGAAAGUACAUGUUGGUGGUUUUAACAUAAUUGUAGGGAUUUAAAACAUACACUGAGUGUACAAACCAUUAGGAACCCCUUCCUAAUAUUGACUUGCACCCCCCUUUUCCCUCAGAACAGCCUCAAUUUGUCGGGGCAUAGACUCUACAAGGUGUCGGCCCAUGUUGACUCCAGUGCUUCCCACAGUUGUGUCAAGUUGGCUGGAUGUGCUUUGGGUGGUGGACCAUUCUUGAUACACACGGAAACUGUGUGUGAAAAACCGAGCAGCGUUACAGUUCUUGACACACUCAAACUGGUGCUCCUGGCCCCUACUACCAUACCCCAUUCAAAGGCACUUAAAUGUGUCUUUCCUAUUCACACUCUGAAAGGCACACAUACUCAAUCCAUGUCUCAAUUGUCUCAAAGCUUAAUAAUCCUUCUUUAACCUGUCUCCUCCCCUUCAUUGACACUGAUUGAAGUGGAUUGAACAAGUGACAUCAAUAACAGAUCAGAGCUUUCACCUCGAUUCACCUGGUCAGUCUGUCAAGGAAAGAGCAGGUGUUCCUAAUGUUUUUUUACACUCAGUGUAGAUUUCAUCAUGAAAAGUCAAUCAGUGUAUAUGAGAUAUAUGAUCAUGAUUUAUAAUACUAAUUAAAUCCGUCAAGCUACGCUACAUGUCCAUAAGUAUGUGGACAACCCUACAAAUGAGUGGAUUAGGAUAUUUCAGCCACAGCGUUGCUGACAGGUGUAUAAAAUUGAACACACAGCCAUGCAAUCUUCAUAGACAAACAUUGGCAGUAGAAUGGCCCAUAUGGCUCAGUAACUUUCAACGUGGCACUGUCAUAGGAUGCCACCUUUCCAACAAGUCAGUUUGUCAAAUUUCUGCCCUACUAGAGUUGCCCCGGCCAACUGUAAGUGCUGUUAUUGUGAAGUGGAAAUGUCUCGAUGCAACAACAGCUCAGCUGCGAAGUGGUAGGCCGCACAAGCUCACAGAACGGGACCGGCAAGUGCUGAAGUGCGUGGUACGUAAGAAUUGUCUGUCCUCAGUUGCAAUACUCACUACCGGGUUUAAAACUGACUCUGGAAGCAACGUCAACAAAAUAACUGUUUGUUGGGAACUUCAUGAAGUGGAUAUCCAUGGCUGAGCAGCCGAGCACAAGCCUAUGAUCACCAUGUGCAAUGCCAAGUGUUGGCUGGAGUGGUGUAAAGCUUGCCGCCAUUGGACUCUAGAGCAGUGGAAAUGUGUUCUCUGGAGUGAUGAAUCACAUUUCAACAUCUGCCAGUCCGACGGACAAAUCUGGGUUUGGCGGAUUUCAGCACACCUGCCCGAAUGCAUAAUGCCAACUGUAAAGUUUGGUGGAGGAGGAAUAAUGUUCUGAGGCUGUUUUUCAUGGUUCGGACUAGGCCCCUUAGUUCUAGAGAAGGGAAAUCUUAACGCUACAGCAUAUAAUGACAUUCUAGACUAUUCUGUGCUUCCAACUUUGUGGUAACAUUUUGUGGAAGGCCCAUUCCUGAUUCUGCAUGAAAAGUGAGGUCCAUACAGAAAUGGUUUGUUGAGAUCGGUGUGGAAGAACUUGACUGGCCUGCACAGAGCCCUGACCUCAACCAUAUUGAACACCUUUGGGAUGAAUUGGAAUGCAGACUGCGAGCCAGGCCUAAUCGCCCAACAUCAGUGCCCGACCUCACCAAAGCUCUUGUGGCUGAAUGUAAGUCUUCGCAGCAAUGUUCCAACAUCUAGUGGAAAGCCUUCCAUUGGAGGCUGUUACAGCAGCAAAGGGGGGACCAACUCCAUAUUAAUGUCCAUGAUUUGGAAUGAGAUGUCAAACACCUGCUCGUCGAACGUGUCCACAUACCUUUGGCCAUGUACUGUAUGUUAUGUGUAUUUUUCCUCCAUUGAUGUUCAAUAUGCAAUUGCCUUGUAAAUCCAUUAACCUCCAUUAACCUUAUAUAAGAGGGUAAAUAACAUUUCCUAAGAGUUGCCAUGAUUUGACUGUGAGGAAUUUUGCAGUGAAGUGACAUCUUUCCUGGACUGGGUGUGGACUGAUGACUAUUUGCACACUUAGAACGUUUGAGUUAAUAGGGACAUGGCUGAAAUACCUAGAUCAUUACCAGCUUUUUUAAAAAAGUCUCUUUGAAGACACUGACGUAUGAUGUUUGUUUUGCUAGGGGUUUAUUGCCCUUGUUGAUGUUAAUUGCAUUCCAAUGUGAGGGCUGUUCUCUCUGCUCCAGUGCAUGAUGGUUACAGCUACUAAUCUAGAUGUCAUCUAGGAGUGGUUGCAGCUACCACUGCUGGGAGUACUGUACGGACUGAAACACAUCAAACAGCCAUCUUCAUUAAUCCGAAGUCAUUGACGUAAAUUUUGGCUUUGUCCUUUUGGAAUAAAUCCAUUUCACUGGA